AUGGAGGGAGAGCCUUAUUAUCAUUUCAAACACCGAGGCACAAGGCAGAAAGCCUUAAGCAGACACUGGGGCUGGAACAUGCGCCUGGCAAAAGAGCCAAAGGUCCUCUGGUUUGAGCAGCAAACUGUAAAGAGGCGUGCAAAGAGAAGCAUCAGUGUGGUGCCAACAGAUCCCUGGUUCCAUAAACAGUGGUACAUGAAUAAUGACAUUAAUCCUGACCUAAACAUCCUCACUGCUUGGAGCAAAGGGUACACCGGGCUGGGGGUCGUGCUGACCAUCCUGGACGAUGGGAUCGAGAAGGAUCAUCCAGACCUGUCUGCCAACUAUGACCCCCUGGCAAGUUAUGACUUCAACAGCAAUGACCCUGAUCCCCAGCCCAGGUACACCACUGGGGAAGAGAACUGGCAUGGAACACGCUGUGCAGGAGAAGUGGCAGCUGCAGCCAACAACCAGAUCUGUGGAGCAGGCGUUGCGUACAACGCCAACGUUGGAGGCGUGCGGAUGUUGGAUGGUCCCAUCACAGACGUGGUGGAGGCUCAGUCCCUCAGCCUGCAUCCCCAGCACAUCCACAUCUACAGCGCUAGCUGGGGCCCCAGGGAUGACGGGAAGACCGUGGAUGGACCAGGCGUGCUGGCUGCAGCAGCCUUCCACAGAGGGGUCAACAAAGGACGGGGUGGUCUCGGCUCCAUCUUCAUUUGGGCCUCUGGCAACGGUGGGAUCAACUAUGACAACUGCAACUGCGAUGGGUACACCAACAGCAUCUACACCCUGUCAGUGGGCAGCGUUCUGGCAGGUGGCCGGAGGCCCUGGUACAGCGAGGGUUGUUCUGCCAUCCUCACCACCACCUACAGCAGUAGGACCACAAGCAAGGUGCAGAUUGUGACCACCGACCUGCACCACCGCUGCACUGACAAGCACACAGGCACCUCUGCCUCAGCCCCACUGGCUGCAGGAAUCAUUGCCCUUGCGCUGGAGGCCAACCCAGCACUGACCUGGCGUGACCUGCAGCAUCUUGUCAUCAGGACCUCCAAUUCCACUCACCUGCAGGCAGAAGACUGGGCCAUGAAUGGGGCCGGACGCAAGGUGAGCCACCACUAUGGUUACGGGCUCCUGGAUGCUGGUCUGCUGGUGGAGAUGGCCAAGGCAUGGACAGGAGCUCGGCCUCAACGGAGGUGCUCGGUCAAGGCUCCUCACGCACCCUGGAACAUCGGCUCCAAGCUCACUGUCUCUACAGAUGUUGUCUGCUCCGGGAGAGCCAAGCGCAUCCGCUCCCUGGAGCAUGUCCAGGUCCAGCUCUCUCUGAGCUACAGCCGCAGGGGGGACCUGGUGAUCACUCUGACCAGCCCGAUGGGGACCACGUCCACACUGGUGACCGUGCGCCCGUAUGACACCAGCCAGCAGGGCUACAAGGACUGGACCUUUAUGUCCACACACUUCUGGGAUGAGAACCCAAACGGGACCUGGACACUUCAACUAGAGAACAAGGGCGAUGCCUAUAACACAGGUCUGCUGACCAGCGUCAUCCUGCACCUCUAUGGCACAGAUGAGGACAUGUCAGCCCGGCGCUUUGCAUUCUCUGCCAUGGACAAGUGCAUCAGGCGGGAUGCACAGGGAGCAUGCAAAGGUCUGCUGACCAGCGUCAUCCUGCACCUCUAUGGCACAGAUGAGGACAUGUCAGCCCGGCGCUUUGCAUUCUCUGCCAUGGACAAGUGCAUCAGGCGGGAUGCACAGGGAGCAUGCAAAGGCCACCCCUCCUGCUACACGUGCCAGGGGGCAUCUGCCAACAACUGCACGGCCUGUCCCUCUGCCAGCACCUUCGAUGAGCUCGCACGCUCCUGCUCCUCUCCACCAGGCCUCCCCUCCGAGGAGGGGCUGCAGAGCGACCUGCUCCCCGUCCUCAUCAGCAGCAGCCUGAUCCUCUCAGCCAUCCUUUAUGUCAC